AUGCCAGUGAACGACGUGAAGUACAUCAAAGAAGUGUGGGCGGAGAAUUUAGAAGAAGAGAUGGCAUACCUACGAGAUUUAGUGGAAGACUAUCCAUAUUUGGCUAUGGAUACUGAAUUUCCUGGUGUUGUCGCUAGACCUAUUGGCUCAUUCAAAACUUCUUCUGAUUAUCAUUAUCAAACAUUAAGAUGUAAUGUUGAUUUGUUAAAGAUUAUUCAACUUGGAGUUACAUUUGCUGAUCAGCAUGGAAACCUUCCUGGCAAUGUCUGUACUUGGCAAUUCAACUUCAAGUUUAGCUUAACAGACGACAUGUAUGCGCAAGAUUCAAUUGAAUUACUAACAAAAUCAGGCAUUGACUUUAAAAAACAUGAAGAGUAUGGAAUUGACGUAGAGCACUUUGGAGAGCUUUUGAUUAGUUCAGGCUUUGUGUUAUUGGACGAUGUCAAAUGGAUUUCAUUUCAUAGUGGAUAUGAUUUUGGAUAUUUGUUGAAAAUACUGACAUGUUCAGUGAUGCCAGCAGAUGAAUCAGAGUUUUUUGAUUUACUUCGUACUUAUUUCCCAUGCAUAUAUGAUAUAAAAUAUUUGAUGAAGAGUUGUAAAAACCUAAAAGGUGGAUUACAAGAUAUCGCGGAUGAUUUACAGGUGGCAAGAAUAGGGCCUCAACAUCAAGCAGGGAGUGAUAGUUUACUGACAUGCACAACUUUUUUCAAGAUGAGGCAAAUGUUCUUUGAAGAUAAAAUUGAUGAUCAAAAAUAUCUGUAA